CCCCCAGGCGCUGGUCUUGUUCAGAAUCCCUCCUAACUGCAGGUUUUAUAGACCGAGACUGGGGUGUCGGUCCGCAGGUAUUAAUGGUCCUGUCCCUUAUCCUGCUCAUCCUAGUGGAGAUUGUAGUGCUUGGAUAUACCUGUGUUGGGAAACUAAUUAUGUACAGAUUGAGAUUGGCCGAGGUUACAAUCGGAUUGUCACUGACUGCAGGUGUUUUCACAUUAACUGCACUCAUAUUAUUCGGCAGCGAGAUAAACCGAUACCCUGAGGAAACCAAGGCUCGGAUAGCCUGGUCGUUUGGCAUGUGCGUGCUGUCUCUACUGUUUACACUAGCCACAUCCGGUUUAGUACUGUUAGACCGGAAGUUGGAGUCAUAUAGCGCGGCCUCCACGCCGGAUUCGGUAUCCUUAGACUUGUACCUUGACCAGGAUGACGGAUAUAGAUAUUAACGGUGGGUGCAAAUCAUCAAUCCCGUUGGUCAGUUACGUUAUGCAGUGAAUGUGAGCGAGUUUGUUUUCAUCCGUAUUAUUAUGGAUAGCGUCAAGUGCAAAUGAUGCAUUAAGGAAACAGGACGGGUUCAGCUGCACCACAGAAUUCUAUCGUGCUCAAUGAACAUGUUCUCUGUUUUUUCGUCGGCAAUUAAGACUUAAUGAACAGUCUUAGGAUGUCAGGAUCGUCUUUCACACCAAGAGAAAAUUACUACAUGCAUCAGUGGAGAUGGCCGUUAUCUUCACGGCUAAGGAAACCACAGGACACCUUUGUACGGGACAACAGUUAACAUUUGUAAUUAGCGCAAAGUCACAGAACGCCGUUAAAAGGAACAACAGAUUUCCUUCUUGGCCAAAUAAAACUCACACACGCCGUUAAAGGGGAUGACAGUUCUUCUUUAUGGCGUGAGUGAGCUAACAGCACUCCCUUAUAGUAGAUGACGGUUCCUCUUCUUCACCAUGGCAAACUCACAAGACGAUUCAAUCUCAGAACACGUCUUUAAAAGAAAUCACGUCUUAUUCUUCUUGAAACAGACGUGAUAACCGACCAUCUCAUAACGAUAUUGAGUAUUUAUCUCUGGGAACAUUCAAAAAAUCUGAGAUCUGAGAAAGCGAACACGCGUCUGACUACAUCAUGGUAAUCGUCGAAUCUGGGACUCUCUAACUGGACAGUAGACCGGUGGAAACGCUUGGCUGGCAGUUGGUUUGGUUUCUCCAGUAUCUGAUCGUUUUCCUCUGACCAUAACCCUGACUGCCGUCACACUUAGUAAAAUAUUUUUAAGUUCAACGCCAAGUGCAUGAUUAAAAUACUGAUGAAUUCCAAUUGUAACAAAAAGGGCUUUGUGAACCACGUUGCAUUUUGUGAACGAACCAUGUUAACAUGAGACUACACUCUUACCUUCUGACACUGCCGAGCUCUAUGUUCUCUUCUUUUUAACCAUAUUUAGCUCAAUGGGAUAUCUUUUCUGUUUUCUGUCGUGGCAGCGAAUCGAGUCCAAGCUGGAUUAACAAUUGUUCCCUUCGAAUACACGUAUAUUAUUAGUUUGCAUACAACGGAAACAUGCAUUGAGCCAACAACAUGCAUUGAGCCAACAACAGACUAUAGAGCUUGGACCCGUUCCACUACAUGUGCAUUAUUAGUUUGUACACGACAAAAACAUGACAUGAGCCAACAAGACUAUACAGCUUGGACCCGGAGUGAUUUAGACAAAAAAGCCUCGCUAUUGUACCGUUUGUUCUGUAGAAGUAAACAUACUCCAAUAUGAAUUAAAACAAAGGCAUAUGAUACAUAUUUAUGAUUAGCGUCAUUAAUACAUAGGUCGUGAAUUACGAACAUUUCAUGUUUUACUUUAUUCGGGUAAGGUUUUUUUUUAUUUUCACUUGUAAUGACAUUCCGCACUUUACAGGUCCAUGUCAGGUAAUUGUUUGAUAUGGACCUCGAUAAAUAAACUUGGGUGGAAAUGAAUAUUUUCGCAAGGAAUAACCAAGGGAUUGUGUGUGAGGUAACUCAUAAUGAUUGAGCGGAAACAUAAACGUAUAAUUGCGUCGCAAAAUACUCUCCGAGGGACAUGCGUUCACUUUUAGCUCGUACUUUACUUGUGACGAAUCCCGGAAAUGACAAAGGCAGAAUCCAAGACGUCGUUUAAAUGUCGUUAAACGGACGCUGAAAUAUUGUUUCUGUUAACUCGACGUUUAUAGUGGUACAGCUCAAGUCCAAGAUGUCCCACCUGAGAAUGGUGCUCGACUUGUCACAGUCAGACAUAAACAGUUCAUCAGGCUAAAAAGUAAAGCUGUCAAACCCCUUCAUGAAGCGAUGUAUGCGGUUACAAAU